AAGCAAAAAGGCCUCUCAAACGCUCUUCCGUUUACGUGUUUAAUAAAGAAGAACAAUUGGACGGUAGAUACACGGAUUACAUGACAACCGGCCUUUUUGUUGCUUUGUUGUUUUUAUUUUAUUUAUUAUGUUGUGAAGGCGGGCGGUAGACUUCCGGCCUAGUGACGUUUUCCUGUUGUUCCAGGGUCCACUCAGCUCGGAAACUCCUCACAUAAAUUAUAUCUACCUCGUUUACACUGUUUGUUAACUUAUUUGAAAGAAAAACCUCGAACAUUAUCUUCUUACACUCACUGAAGUUAAGUUCAUAACAUUGUUGUGUGUAGUUGUCACAUCGCGGGACGUUGUUGAAGCCUCUUUUCAGGACCUUUUCGUCUCCAGAUCUGCCCCAACCGGAGUGUGCUAACAUUAGCUCAGCGGCUAGCCACCAUUCAAUCUUCAAGUAAAACAACGACUAAUCGAAGUUGUUUUAAUCAUGGAUCAAAUAGGACUAGUAACGCCAAAGAGCCCGUGGGGGCACGUGGCCCCUGCGGCCCCCGCCUGCUCUCUGACAGAUGUGAUGAGCGAACAGCUGGCCAAUCAGCUGACGGAGGAGGACAACACCUUCCCCACCCUCACUGAUCCGGCUGCAGAUCUGCUGCUGUCUGACGAAGUUUCGGAGACGACGUCCGACCAGGUGCUCGCCAAGUUGCUGCAGCUGCAGUUCGACCGCGAGUUUGAUGAUCAGCUGCGCCGCGAGGAGAAGAGAUUCAACGGAGACAGCAAAGUGUCCAUCUCCUUUGAGAACUACCGUAUGGUUCAUCCCUACGAGGACAGCGACAGCUCCGAGGACGAGGUGGACUGGCAGGACACGAAACACGACCCUUACAAAGCUGAUAAACCUCAGACUACACCCAGGAGAGGCUUCUCUGGGAAAGGAAAGAACAUCACCACCAAACACGAUGCAGAGACCUGCGGACGCAAGAACACCGCGCGCAUGGACAAUUUUGCUCCUGGGGUGCACAUUGGAGACGGUUUGGGGAUGGACCUGAAGUUAUCCAACCAGGUGUACAACUCUCUGAAGCAGCACUGCUACAACGAGCAGAGACGCAGCGCCCGGCUGCACGAGAAGAAGGAGCACUCCACCGCUGAACAAGCGGUGGACCCCCGCACUCGCCUGCUGAUGUACAAGAUGGUGAACGCUGGCGUGCUGGAGAACAUUAACGGCUGCAUCAGCACCGGGAAGGAGUCGGUGGUGUUCCACGCUGACGGAGGGAGUCUGGAGGAGCAGCCUGUUCCCAGUGAAGUCGUGCUGAAGGUCUUCAAGACGACGCUGAACGAGUUUAAGAACCGAGACCGUUACAUCAAAGACGACUACCGCUUCAUCGACCGCUUCAGCAAACUGAACCCAAGAAAGGUCAUCCGGCUCUGGGCCGAGAAGGAGAUGCACAACCUGACCAGGAUGAGGAAGGCGGAGAUCCCCUGUCCCGAGGUGGUGCUGCUGAAGAAGCACAUCCUGGUGAUGUCCUUCAUCGGGAAGGAUCACAUUCCUGCUCCCAAACUGAAGGACGCCAAGUUGGGUUCAGAGGAGAUGAAGAGCGCCUUCUACCAGGUCCUGCAUAUGAUGCAGCAGAUGUAUCAGGAGUGUAAUCUGGUUCAUGCUGACCUCAGUGAAUACAACAUGCUGUGGCACGAAGGAAAGGUGUGGUUGAUAGAUGUCAGUCAGUCCAUCGAGCCUCGUCAUCCUCACGCUCUGGAGUUCCUCUUCAGAGACUGCAGGAACGUUUCCACUUUCUUCCAGAAGAGAGGUGUGAGCGAGGCGAUGACUGUGUACGAACUUUUCAACGCUGUGAGUGGAAUGAACAUUCCCAUCCCCCCGGACGAGGCCGAGGCCGAGUUCAUUUCUGAGAUCAUGGCCUAUGAGAAGCGUAACGAGGACCACGUGCAGCGCCGGGGAAAGAAAACGUUUCAUGUGACCUCAGAGGACUGCGGUCCUCCUUUAAUACCAGAUUCUGAUGACUAACGCCCCGCUGCUCUCUCUUCACGAUCCCAACGUGAUGAAAAUGCUCUAAAAAGAGGAGAUAAUGGAGGUGCCCUCCCCCAUUUGGAGGUCUGGGUGCCUCCCCGUCUCCAACAAGCCACCCUUCACCAACUGCUUCCUUUACACAGCAGGACGCAGCGCCUCCUGCUGGUUGCAAGAGGAGCUUCACCGUGUUGGAGGUUGAAAUCCUGAGAGGAGGGGACGUCAUCUGUGUUUGUAAGAAUCACAGUCAAAAUAAUAUAAGACCUCAUCUAUCCGGCUGGAUAACUCGCAGAGGUUCAUUUACAAUUUUGAGUUUGUAGAGAUUAUGUGUAGGGCGGGGCAAUAUAUCGAUGUUAUAUCAUGAUACAAGACAACGUCUUAUUAAAUGAUUUUGUGGUGCCUGAAAUCAAAGCUCAUGAGAACAAAUGCAUGCAAAUGAAAAGUAAUCUCAGUGUGAUGUCAGUAAAUGUAGAAGAUUUAGUUUGCAGUGAUGGAGAUUCAGUAAAUCCGGUGUGUUUUUCACCUUAAUGGAUAGGUAAUGAAUUUGCUAUGUAACUUUAAGCAGACCUAAUGGUGAUAUUAAAAAGUGAAAAUGAAAA